GCUACCAACAAGGAUUUCCUCUGCUUAUAAAUUCACAAAUACCAUUCUUGUGUCUACAUUCUGGACCUGAUUUUAUCAGACAGAUUUUGUACAUUAUGAAGACUUUUCUGCAGGCAGUGGCAUUAUGGGGGAAAAAGGCACCUUCUCACAGCAUCACUGCCAUAAUGAUUACAGAUGAUCAACAUAGUAUUGUUACAGGGAGCCAAGAGGGUCAACUAUGUCUCUGGAAUCUUUCCUCUGAAUUAAAGAUCUCAGCUAAAGAGCUUCUCUUUGGUCAUACUGCUUCUGUAACAUGUUUGGCAAAAGCAAGAGAAUUUGAAAAACAGCCAUAUGUUGUUAGUGCUGCUGAGAAUGGGGAGAUGUGUGUUUGGAAUGUCACCAAUGGCCAGUGCAUUGAGUCUGCAACUCUCCCUUAUAGACACACAGCCAUCUGUUACUAUCACUGCGCCUUCCGAAUGACAGGAGAUGGCUGGCUUUUGUGUUGUGGAGAGUAUCAAGAUAUCCUCAUUAUUGAUGCCAAGACCUUGGCAGUUCUUCACACUUUUACAUCCUCUCAAUCUCCUGAUUGGAUCAACUGCAUGUGCAUUGUUCACUCCAUGAGGAUUCAAGAGGAUUCUCUCCUGGUGGUUUCUGUAACAGGAGAUCUCAAAGUAUGGAAUCUGUCCUCCUCCAUAAAUAGCAUCCAGGAAAAGAAAGAUAUUUAUGAGAAAGAAUCCAAAUCUCUGGACUCACCGAACUGCCGGACGAUAAGAUUUUGUCCCUACACGGAAAGACUUCUGUUGGUGGUAUUUUCUAAAUGUUGGCAGGUUUAUGAUUACUGUGAUUUUUCCCUCCUGCUCACUGAAGUCAGUAAAAGCAGGGAAUUUUUUGCUGGUGGAGAGGUGCUUGCUGCUCACCGAGUCAUCAUCUGGACAGAAGAUGGUCACAGUUAUAUCUAUCAGCUGCUGAACAGUGGACUUUCAAAAAGUUUAUAUCCUGCUGAUGGAAGAGUACUUAAAGAAACCAUGUAUCCUCAUUUACUUUGCUCUACUUUUGUAAAAGAAAAUAAGAGCUAUCCGUUUAUUAUGGGUUAUCUCAAUGAACGGAAGGAACCUUUCUAUAAAGUCCUCUUCUCAGGAGAAAUGUCUGGAAGAAUCACUUUGUGGCAUAUCCCUGAUGUUCCAGUAUCAAAGUUUGAUGGUUCCCCUAAAGAGAUACCAAUAACUACCACUUACACCCUUCAAGAUAAUUUUGACAAGCAUCACACUAUGUCACCCAGCAUUAUUGAUGGUUUCUGUGCUCUUGAAGAUGGAGCUGGAAGCCCAGCAGUCACUUCGUCUAUGUAUAUUCCAAAUUUUGACAAGCUAAUAUGUGGAUGUGAAGAUGGGAGGAUCUUCAUAACACUUGCUUUAAAUGCAGCAAAAGCAGGACUUUUGGAAGAUAAUGCCUUAUUUAAAAAAGAUUCCCUACCUCACAAAGUUCUUAGAGGCCACAACGGAAGUGUUACUUCAUUACUUUAUCCUCAUAGCCACUCUUCCAAAUUAGAUCCAAGCUGGAUGGUUUCAGGGGAUCAAGAUUCUUGUGUAAUCUGGUGGGACAUCUUAACUGAAGACGUCUUGCAUAAAUUCCUUUUGUGGGCAGGUCCAGUAACAAGCCUUUUGAUGUCACCAGAAAUCUUCACACUGAAAGAUCACCAUGUUGUAUGCUGUGUAUGCAGUGACCACUCGGUUAUACUACUCCAUCUUGAGGAAAAGACAUGUGUUUUGAAGGCUCAGAAGCACCUUUCCCCUGUGACAACAAUCAAAUGGCAUCCUGUAGAAAAUUUCUUAAUUGUUGGCUGUGCCGAUGAUUCUGUUUACAUCUGGGAAAUUGAAACUGGCACUUUGGAAAGACAUGAAACAGGAGAGAGAGCAAGAGUGAUUCUUAAUUGUUGUGAAGAUUCACAGCUUUUCAAGCCUGAGCCUUUAUUUGCAGUUGCUUCAGAAACACACAAGCACAAACAUGCAGAUUACAGGUCCUCCAGUUCCUCCCAACUUGGCACCUUGUCUUAUCCUAUUCCUCAUGCCGAAUCUUUACCUAAGCUCCCAGUUACUUCAUCUUUCUCAGGUCCAUUUAAUGUGUUACCAGUGAAGAGCAAAUGGAGCAACAUUGACUUUCAUGUUCUUUUUUUUGACCUGGAAAAUCUUGUGGAACUGCUGCUCUCCACCCAAUUCAACAGCUUUAGCACCUCCCACUCAUGGCAUGGCAGUGAUAUUCUAAGAAGAGCCAGAAGCACCUUUGAGAAAAGGCCACUGACUCUGAAAAGGAGUAAAACUUCCACCUCCUCUAUUUCAGGGGAAGUGCAGAUGAAGAAUAUUUGUGAGAACCAGGGCCAGGGAGAUAUCCCAGGCAAGUCCUUUGAAGAAAAUGAGGGCAUCAGACGACACAAAAAAAUGAAGAGUUCCAAAAAAGCUCAAUUUAUACCACCAAGAAAAGUCGAUAUCAACCUCAUGAUAGAUACAGCUAAACUUCUCUUGUCAUGCCUCUUACCAUGGGGUGUGGAUAAAGAAUUAGAUAAUCUUUGCAUUCAGCAUCUAAAUAUUUUAAGGCUUCAAUGUCCAGCUUCCUUAGGAUUAGCUUCAAAUGAAGAUCACUUCUCUUUGAUGUUGCCUGGUUGGAACUUUUGCAGUCCAGGAAUGAAGGAAGGGUGUUCAGUCGUCAAUUUGUUUUCUAGAAAAGUGCUAGACUUGUCAAAUAAAUACAUCGCUGCCCUCCCAAGUCAACCAGAAGGUAUAAGGGAGCUAGAAAGUGAUUCAAAACAUAGAUCAGACACUAUAUUAUAUCUGUUAAGCAAAUUGUUUUUAGUUAUCAAGUUAGUUAACAUGCCUUUAGAGUUGGCCUACAGAAGCAACAGCAGUCACCACAAAACAGAAUCUGUUCCUAACAAGGGAAAAUAUACUGGCAAUGAUAAUUCAAGUUUCUAUGGCAAUUUACGAAAUGGUAAAACUGAAUGUCAUUUUCCUGAUGCUGAUCUUUCUCUGGUGAAGCUAGUUUCCUGCUGGAGAGACCAGUCUGUACAGGUCAUUGAAGCAAUACAGGCUGUUCUACUGGCUGAAGUUCAACAAUACAUGAAAACCUUAAGAACAAGAUACAUCAACCAUCCACCACUGCCCGUGGUAGGCAAUGGAAAUGGAGAGAAGGAGACGCUGCCAAAGAAUGAACAGUCAGAACAGCUAGAGUUACAAUGCAUUAAAAACAGGACUUCGCAAACUACAGUCAGCGUGGUCAAGCAUGACAGCCACUCAAACUCGGCAAACUUCCAAGAAGCUGAGGACAUGCCUGACAGAUGUGUCUUAGAAGAGUCAGAGAGCCCAGGUGAGCACAAAACACAUCCUUGGAUGGCUAAGAUGUGCUCCUGUAAGAUGUGUUGAAAUGCCUCCUCAUUUAUUGGACUUAGGAUUUAAAUUAAAUAAGGAACUGAAAGCAUAUUUUUUUUUCAUAAAGACUAUGUUGUGAUUAGAAUACAAGAACCAGUUAAUAUGUCAAUCUUUGAAGCCAAACUGCUUAAAAAAUUGUAAGAGCUGAUCCAUUACAAAACUAUGCACUAUAUCCCAAAAAACGUUUUCUAAAUUACCUCAUGAAUCUGCUACUUAGUUUUUCCAUUGCUAUCCGCAAUGUAGAAUGCUUGUCCUCUACCAUGUGGGUAUUUGUAGCUUAGUUCAGCUUUGAUAGUGUAUUUAGGUUCCAUUUUUUUUCAUACUCCUGAAUCAUUUUAAAAACAAUAUUAUGUCAAAGAUUACAUAAGGCUUUUAUAUUGACCACCAUUUGAUUUUAUAACCUUCAAUUUGUUUAACUAUGGUAUCAGAAACUUGCCUGCUCUGUUGUGGUUUGUUAUUAUCUUUAUCAUACGCAGCCAUCACCAAGCAGCCAACGUAUCUCUAAGCACUCAGUAAAAUCACCUGCCACAUGAUUAUUUCAGUUCAUUCCUUCCAAACAGAUGCAAAAAGCUGGGUGUGAUCAUUUACUUCUGUAUCAUUUAGUUGGUUUGUUGUUCCCCAUGUAAGAUUGGAUGGAGCGCAUGGUUGUCUGAUCAUCAACUUAUGAACCAAUCUGCAUCAAUGGAUAUUACUGGUAUGAUCAGCAUGAUCCAAGCUAGAAAUGGGAUUAAAAUUUGACCUUCAUAUCAACUUGUAUCUUUCUUCUCCAAUGCUCUUCAGUUUUCUUUAGCUGAGAUGCAGAAAAUGAUACUUCAGCACUCUGUAAUUUGACUGUGUGGGUACUUAUUCUACAACACCCAGGGCCACUCUGAUAUAACUUAGGAGAUACUCUCCAAGAAUUACUCUUACCCAAAAUAAUGCAUCACCCUGCAGUCAACUUGGUGGUGAGUGUUUCCAAACUUAGCUUGGAGGUCCUUGUGACAUAGGCAUAAGCAUAUUAUUCAUUGCCAGACCCAUAAUUGAAGCCAAAUCCUUUUCAUUUUAGUGGGGCCUACUAGAAUUUUUAGUCUGCUUACACAUUAUUCAAGAACCCAGGGUCACCUCCAUAUUACAAUGAAAAAAAUCACAGUAGAGGGGGAAAACUACAAUAAAAAAAAUAGGAAAGCCCUUCAGAUAUUCACCCAUCCAUCAGUGGUUAGAUGCAUCACAAUCCAUUUCCCAAAAUUCAUAUUAUAACCCCAAAGACAGUUUCUAAAUCAGCAAUAUCAUA